AUGGAGAAAAAUUUGACUAACGUAACCACUUCAUCUGAGCCAAUUCUUAGUUUACCCAUCACAAGUGAUCCAGCCACUUCAAAAGAAUCAGAAACAACCCCAGAGACCAUUGCUCGUCUAGAGCAACGAAUUACUGAACUGAGUCGUAUGGUUCUUCAGAAAAGGUCAUUGUCUCAAACUCCACUAGAUAUGACUCUAUCUCCCGGUGUUUUCACUCCUUCAAAGGCUCAGUAUAUACCAGUGGCACAUGAUGCUACACAACAAGUUUCAUCUGUAUAUACUUAUGCCACAGCUCCACCUAUGACACAGAUUCAUGAACUGUGUCGUCCAGAUGUUGAUCAUUAUGUUGAAGUUGAAAAGGAGGCAAGGUCAGUUAGUGAUGAAUUGAUAAACACGAAGCUCAAGAAUUUGGAAGAUGCUAUGAGAAGUGUGUGUGGGCUUGGUAGUAUCCAAAGUGUAAGAUAUGAGGAGUUAUAUGCUUUUCCUGAGGUAGAGUUGCCACCGAGUUACAAGAUUCCCAAAUUUGAAAAAUUUGAUGGAUCUGGAAAUCCUUUCUUUCACUUGAAAGUCUAUUGUGAAAAAUUGAUUGGUGUCGGGAAGAAUGAAAGGAUUGGGAUCAAAUUGUUCAAUCAAAACUUGAGUGGGAAAGCUUUAGAGUGGUAUUCUAAGCAAGAUACAACAAAAUGUCUUACUUGGGAUGAUUUGGCAAAUUCUUUUGUGGAUCACUAUAAAUUUCAUGUCGAGAUUGCUCCUGACAGAAUUUCGAUCACAAAAUUGAAGAAGAAAUCAACAGAAUCAUUUCGAGAAUAUGUUAUACGGUGGAGGGAAGAAGUAUCUAGGGCACAAGAACCAGAGUAUUAUGAACGAAUGCUCACAAAGAGUGGAAAAUCUUUUGCUGAAGUGAUCAAAGUCGGAGACAUGAUUGAAGAUGGCAUCAAGAGUGGAAGAAUUACAAGUCUAGCAGCAUUACAGUCCACCAGUAAGGCUCUUAAACUGGUGCUCUUGGAAGUGGAAAGAAAAAAGAGAAAGAAGUUAAUGCGGUAA